AUGUCCUCAACAUACGCCCACUACCAGGGGCCGUCGUCGCUGCCAACGGACUACGCCAUCGUCUCCAGCCUCAACAACCGCCAUCGCAUCCACGACGACGACGACCAGAACGACAAUGGUGACGAGCUCUCGAGAACGGUUGUUCCAGACAGCGUCUUGACCCCGUCUCCGACACAGCGGAGACCCAGCUUUCGUGCCUCUGGGCCCUACUAUUCCCAGAAUACGCGGCCACGGAAUCCAACAAUAGGCAGCUAUCCAAGAGAUGAUUCUGAAUCGUCGUCGUCGGCGCUGCCUGACGAGUCUACCCCUCUUCUCCUCGGUGGCGCCAACCCACCAAUCCCUCGCGUUGAAGAGUCUAUCGAUCGUAAUCCGCUAGCAGACGACGAGAGUGCAAUGAAGAUGUUCUGGGAGGAGCUGUGGAUUUUGCUCAAGUACGCUACGCCUGUCUUUGGAACACAUGUCCUGGAAUAUUCCCUCGUUAUCGUAUCAGUCGUGUCCAUCGGGCACAUAUCGACGACGGCGCUCGCUGCGAUCUCGCUCGGGUCGAUGACGGCGAGCGUAUCCGGGUUCAGCAUUCUGCAGGGAUUUGCCAGUGCGCUGGAUACGCUGCUUCCAGCUGCGUGGACGUCGGAUAGCCCACAACUAGUAGGACUGUGGGCUCAGCGCAUGACUGUCGUCAUGUUCUCCACGCUAAUUCCCAUGUUCCUGAUCUGGUUCAACGCCGAGUCCAUUCUCCUCCUCCUCAAGCAAGACCCGGAAGUUGCCAGUCUCGCUGCGGUAUAUUUGCGGUGGAUCUCGUUGGGACUGCCUGGUCUCUUCACGGUGCCGACACGCAUUGUGCUUAUCGCUGCGCCUGUGAACGCGUUGUUGAACUGGCUCCUGGUCUGGGGCCCCCCACCCUUCCGCCUGGGCUUUAUUGGCGCCCCCAUCGCCUCCGCACUCUCUUUUAACCUCAUCUCCCUCCUCUCCCUCCUCUACGCCAUCCUCUACACACCCCUCUCCCCAACCAUUACGACACGAAACGGUGAGACGAUCAGUGUGAAGACGGCGUGGCACCCGCUGAGCGCGCGCAUGUUCAGCGGACUCGGUGUGCUCUGGAGCUUGGGGCUGAGUGGGGUCGGUCAGACGGCGAGCGAGUGGUGGGCGUGGGAGUUGGUUGCGCUUGCUGCGAGUUUGCUGGGCCCUGUAGCACUCGCUACACAGAGUGUCUUGCUCGUGUCGUCUUCUACGACUUUCCAGGCGCCGUUUGCUGUCAGUGUCGCCACGGCUGUUCGAAUUGGAAAUCUCCUUGGCGAGUGCAAGGCAAAGCGUGCGGGUGUGGCUGCAAAAACGGCCAUGGUGAUGGCUCUGCUCAUUGGUGUAUUCAUGAGGUAUACCUCUCAGGCUCGUCUAUCCCCAACUCCCACAGAAGUGAAUGCUAACAUCACUACACUAACCACAGAGGUCGUACAGCUGACCGCGGACAUCAUCCCCCUCCUCUCGCUCUUCCAAGUGUUCGACGGCACAUCCGCAAUCGGCUCGGGUGUGCUCCGCGCACGGGGCAAACAAUUCCUUGGCGCGCUGCUCAACCUGUCGGCGUACUACGUCUUUGGGAUCCCGCUUGGGAUAUACCUCACAUUCUGGCACGACAUGGGCCUGCAUGGCUUGUGGAUUGGGCUGACGUUCUCGCUUGUGUACUGUGCGCUGUGCGAGACGUACAUUGUGCUGCGCACGGAUUGGGAUAGGGAGGUGGGCAGGGCGCAGAGGAGGGUGAAGGAUGGGGAGGCGGGGAAGAAGGGCAUGGAGGCAAGGGAGGGCGGUGAGGGUGUGGACAGGGUGUAA